AUGCGUGAGUUCUACGAAACAUCGGAAACCUAUAAAGGGCUUCUGGCUGCGCACGACGAAACCUAUCUCCGACACUACGUAGAAUUGGUGAUCCGCUACGCACCGCCUCGCUCCAAAGUCCUUGACCUCGGGUGCGGAAACGGUAUCUCAGCGCGACUGCUCAAUCAGGCGGACUUUGAUGUCGUCGGAACCGACAUCUCUCCGCUCUUUCUUGAAGACGCUCAAACAUGGGAAAAUCCGAAACUCCACUAUAGGGUUUGUGAUGUGAUGGAACUCCCCUUUGAAAGCGAGUCCUUCGAUGUUAUCUGUUCAAACGAAUUGGUUGAACAUCUGCCCGAUGUAGAAACGGCGUUAACCGAGAUGAUGCGGGUUGUGUGCAAGGGUGGGAGAAUUGUGCUCUCUGGACCAAAUCUCUGUUCACCCUUAAUCCCGUUUCUUGAUUGGCUCAACCUGAUGUCCGGCAAACCCGGCAGACCCGUCUGGGGUGAGACGAAACGGCAAGCGUUGCAGCAAUUUGUGCGUAAUUGUGGGCUCUAUGUCCGGAAGCGGUUCUUGACUCCGGCGACAGUGGCACCGAACUUCAUUUACCGUGAACCCGAUUUACAGGCGGAUGCCAUCGGUGGUGAUGCAGACAGUGCUUAUUAUGCCAGCCCUAUUGAUCUCGCUCAAUUUUUCCGAUCACACGGGUUCACGAUCGUCAAGAAAGCCGUUGGGUUCGGGAUAAAGGCAGGAUUAUCGCGGGAGCGUUUCCGUACCUGA